GAAGGCCUGGGGUCCAUUCUGUGAAACUCUAUGUUGUCAGUCACGGGGACGAUCUCCAGGUGGGUAGCCGGUAUGGUGUUAACUAGCGGUCCGGUCGCCGAGUUCGCAGACGUGCGGAACCAGAGGUGCAGACUCGUUUUCCAGGAGGUCGCAAAGAGAAGCGCCACCCGGGCUGCUUCAAGCACUGUAGCGGUGCGCUUGCUUCCUGCAGUGUGCUCCUGCGGUCCGCGCUGAGUUCGAGUCUUCCCUGCGGGGUCGGGCUGCUGAGAGCGAGAAGAUGAAGGCGAAGGCCACCGCGUCGGUGCCCCAAGCGGGGCCUGCCGAGAAGCUCGCUCGGAAGAAAGCCAAGAAGAAGUUCAGAAAGAGGAAAGCGCAGGGAGGAAGCGGGGCUCCGGGAAGCCGCCCGCCAACUAUUGCAGGCCGACCGCCGAAGGCCCCAGAGAACUUUUCUCAGAAUUGGAAGGCGCUGCAAGAGCUGCUGAAACAAAAGUCACAGGCCCCAGAAAAACCUCUUGUCUCUCAGAAGGAUGGCAAAAUGCAUUCCCAGAUAAUCCAUCAGAACAAAAAAGAGACCUCAGAAAAGUCAAAGGGAGACAGAAAGAGAACAGAAAAAGACCAGACCACUAGGGGUUCUAUUACGUCUACAUCUAAGAAGGACAGGAAGAUACUAGUACCUCCCACAAAUACCUCUGGAACAGAACAGAAGAAAGGAGCCAAGAAGAGGACAUAUAGUGACAUCUCUUCUCAUCCAGGGGACACCAAGCAUAAGCGGAAAGCUAAGGAGGCAGCUGUCAUCUUGAAUCAGUCCACGCCUACUGAGGAAGACAUCUGGUUUGAUGAUGUGGAUCCAGAUGAUAUUGAAGCUGCCAUAGGCCCAGAGGCAGCCAUGCUGGUAUGGAAGCGGCUGGGGCAGAGCAAGAGUAACAUCACCCUGGAGAAGGAACAGGCCUUUAGCGGCCUGACAAAAGCCUUGGCCCUGGACUGUGAGAUGGUAGGCGUGGGCCCCAAGGGGGAAGAGAGCAUCGCAGCCCGUGUGUCCAUCGUGAACCAGUAUGGGAAGUGUGUUUACGACAAGUACGUCAAGCCAACUGAGCCCGUGACAGACUACAGGACAGCAGUCAGUGGGAUACGGCCUGAGAACCUGAAGCAGGGAGAAGAGUUUGAAGUUGUGAAGAAUGAAGUGGCAGAAAUAUUGAAGGGCAGAAUCCUGGUGGGGCAUGCGUUGCACAAUGAUUUAAAGGUACUCUUUCUUGAUCAUCCAAAAAAGAAAAUCAGGGACACUCAAAAAUUCAAACCUUUCAGGAGUCAAGUAAGGAGUGGAAGACCAUCUCUGAAACAACUUUGUGAGAAAAUUCUGGGGAUCAGGGUCCAGCAGGCAGAACACUGUUCAGUCCAGGAUGCCCAGGCAGCAAUGAGGCUGUACAUCAUGGCAAAACGGCAGUGGGAGAGCAUUACUGCAGACCGACGCCCCCCAGCCACCACGCCAAAACCCUGCAGCGAGUACGCUUAGCACCAGCCUACUACUGUCACCUCCUCUACAUCCUUCAGUGACUCCUCAAUGGCAGUUGGGAUGGGAUUAUGGAGGCCCAUCAGAUUUCUGCACAGCAGGGACUCACUCUGGUGAGCAGGGUGUGACAUGUGAGCUGCUGGAACUUCCUCCUCCUGGACUCUGCUACCAGGACCUGGUCCUGCACCUGUGUGUCGAGGUAGACUAGUCAGAUACCAGGACAGAAGUCUGGGUGUGGUGUAGGUUCAGAGGAAGGAGAGAUUGGAAUGGAUGAGUGUGCUGCAGUGUCUGUGUCUGCCAACCACCUGUACCAUCACUUAACACUGAGCACAGCUGCAUUCAGCCAGGGCACUCAGCAUCUUCUAAGGAGCAAGGAGUGUCGUCUCCUCUUGUGGGGAAGGGGAUAAGCACUGCUGGACCUAAGGGAUCCAAGGGCCUUCGGUCUGCUUCAAGCCAAUCUGGCCAACAUAGCAGCUGCCCAGUGAGGACUUUCUUAAAGCUACUUAGCUGGAGGUACUUUCUCCUAUGUUCCUUGCUUGGCUCAGUCAUCCAAUAUGCCAGCAUCCAAUAUGCUGUUCUCCAAAUAGUCCUUGGGUGAGACUUGGGGCCCAGGUACACCUGGAGGUAUAAGAUCCUACCACCCUGGUGCACUGCAAACAGAAAGGCAUCUGCCUGCUGUCUUCUAGCAACAGGUCCAGAGCGAGCAGUAGACUUUAUGGACCUACCUGACAACUCUCAGAAUGGAGCUGUGGACUGAGGUGUGACUCAGAGCACUUGUCCGCAGUGUGCAAGACCCUGUGCCCCAUUCCCAGCGCUGUCAAAAAUAAAUGGAUAAAUGGA